GAGGCACCAACUACGCCAAGGGCAUCGGGCUUAUUGGCAAGGACUUCUGUGUCAUCGGGUACCCCAACGUUUGCAGGAGCUUCUACCAGCGGGGGCUCGGGCUUGCAGUCGGGAACUACCACAACAAGUGUGCCGGCAUUGCCUACAGGAUCUUCUAUGGCAGGGGGAUCGGGCUUGCAAUCGGGGACUACGACAACGGCUACUCCGUAUGUACUGUACCAGUGGGUCUCAAUGCAACACCACCGAGCUCCUCCGACCCAGUGUCCCGUCUUCUGGAAGGUUUGGAGAAGAUGAUCAAGGGUGGAGGAAAGCCAGAGGAGUUGAGCAAGGUGGUGGAAGGACCAAAGUUGCCAGAGAUGUCAGAUAGCUCUUCGGUGAACUUUGGAGAUUGGUUGUACUGCUUGGAGCACACAAUGGGAGAUACUUCGGCCAGCAGCGCAGAAUGGUGGAAGCUGGUUGUGAAGGACGCUCAGGAGUACUACGACAAGUACCAGGCCGCAGACCAGUAUGGAAGGCUGUCAAUGAAGCCUACACCGUCAGCCGGGUUGGAGGAUUCCAAAUGGACCCGAGUGGAUAGAAGAGGAGCUUCAGUCCUCUUGGGAGCGGUGCCGGAAUAUGUCAAGAAGGAGCUGAUCGCUUCGAGGGCAAAGAGUACCCUGGACGUGCUGGCUCGUUUGAUGGUGCUGUACAGGCCGGGAAGUGCGAUGGAAAAGGGACAGCUCUUGAAGAGGAUUGAGACUCCGGAGCCUUGCACUACAACCCAGGAUGCUGUGGAAGGUUUGAGGCAGUGGCUGAGGUACUACCAGAGGGCCAAGGACCUGAAACUCAGCAUUCCGGAUCCUUCCAUUUUGGUGAAGGCCCUAGAUGGGAUGCUGAAGAAGCCGGUGGCUGACCAUCCGGACGUUGGGUUUCGCAUGAACCUUUUGCGGUACCACUUGAAGGUGGACUUCCUGCCUUCGGAGGACAACGUUUUGGCGAUCCACCGUGCGUUCCUGGCUGAGUUUGAGCAGAUGGGUUACAAGAAGAAGGGCACGGAACGGACCUCUCAAAGGCUGAACGGCGGGACAGGUGCUAUGAGUGUGGAGCAAAGGGCGUGGAGGAGGCAGCCCCAAGGAGGAAAUGAGGAUGCCGAGCCGGUGAGUACGGUGCCAACAGAGGUCGUGGCAACAACCGCGCCAACCAGUGAAACCCCAGUUCAAGGGGUCCCGGUGGAGCAGCUUCUUGAGGUGUCUGAGUUGCAAGAGACGCCGGCCUUGAAGGAGCUUAUGAAGACCGAGGGAGACUUCACCUCUAUAUGCCGUAUGGGAUUGCUGGACUCUGGUGCGACCCACCCACUUCGUCCGAGGACUGAAAAGGAUGUGGUGAGUGAGAUGGGCAAGGUCAGUGUGACUUUGGCAGGAGAGAACAAAGUGGAGAUGCAGCAGUCCAGAGCAGGCACAAUCCUGGGCUCUGAAAGCACUCAGGCCAUAGUGCCACUUGGCACUGUGGUGAAGCAGCUGGGCUAUGACUAUGACUAUGAGUUUGGGUGGAACCGCCGCGGGUGUUUCCUGCGCCAUCCCGACAAGGUGUUGGAGGAGGCAAGGCUUGCAGAGACCUUGGCAACGCUCAAGGCGGCGGUAGCCGCUGCAAAGGGCCACACGCAGUGGACAUGGACGGAUGCUAUCAGGGAGUAUGUGACCACAGGGGAACGUGAAGCCGGAGUUCGGGCUGUGCUGGCUGCGCCUUUCAUGCACCAUGUGCCAAUGGAGGACCAGCUGAAGAUCAUGGCGGAAAUUGGGGUGAAGAAUGAUCCCCUGCGCGAUAUUCAAGGAAUCCUAGAGAUUGACCUACAGAAGGGUUGGAACCUCAACGAUGACAAGAUCUAUGGCGUGUUGCUGUGGGCGGCGUUGAACAAGAAAAUAAAGCACGCGGUGGGAGGACCGCCAGGUGGAACCUUUUCGCCGUACCGGUACCGCGAAGGAGCAGAAGGUCCGAAGCCAGUGCGCUCUAACCAUGAGCCACGGGGUCUACGUGAAGGCCUGGGCGUUGAUGAGUCUGCGAAGGUGAAGAAUGAGAACCGCAUGUUGCUACGCAUGGUGGGAUUUUGCUUGGAGUUCCCGGAAGACCCAAGAGAGUACCUACCGGAUGGCUCUCAAAAAUCCCAGUGUGUCUCUAUGUGGAGGAUGGAGUUCAUCAAGGAGUUCAUUCAUGCUGCUACCCACUUCGAGAAGGCGCAGUUUGAGCAGGGAGCCCUGGGACACAUGUUGCGGAGACCUACAGGUUGUUUGACGAACCUGCGUUUGGGAAUCCAUGGUCUGAGGGAUUCAAGAGCAUGGGUUAGUGCAGAGUGUGCUGAUCCAGAUCAGUCAGUUUGGCCUCAUGGUUUCAGACUCACCUUGGCAGAUGCAGUACAUGAGUGGAAUGCUGCGGGCGGGGGAGUCGCGCUGAAGAAGGCCAUGACAAAGACUGAGUUGGAAGAGUGGAAGGCCCAUCUAGAUCGAGGACAUUGGCCUUACCGCAGAGAUUGCUCUGUAUGUUUGGCGGCAUCGGGAACGGGAAGACCUGCAAGACGAGUGGUUCAUCGAGACGCAUAUGUGCUGAGCCUGGACAUCGUGGGUCCCUUCGCUGAUGUGGGCAGAGAUGAAGUUCGGGGGUGUCGUUACCGUUUUGCGUUGGCGGCUACCUACCUGUACCCCAAGAUCAGGGAAGUACCAGAGGAUGCGCCGAUCCCAGAUGAGGAAGAGGCUGAGAAGUUCCUAGCAGAGGAGGAGGAUCAGCCAGAAGAUGGAGAGCAGGGUCCUGAAGACCCCGGCGCAGACGAACAGGAGGAGGAAUGGAAAAAGAAGGUGGAGGAUCUGAGGCGGCCGAUGGAAAUGCAGGCACUUCGCUUUGUUUGGGAGGACCAAGUGGGGAAGACCAUUUGGUGGCGAAGACUGCUUGGAUUGUCAUCGUCAUUUUUGGGCCUCAGCCUCGUGGUUAGAGAAUGUCAUUUCGCACCAUGUGAAAAACAAUUUUGGGCCCUGCAAAAACAAAUGAUCGUUUCAUUGCUGUUCUUUGGAUAUCUUGCUGCUUAUGGGGCUGGCCAUGCUUAA